AUCCUCGAACGUCAUUUCCCCCAAAAUUUCUAUGGAUUUUCUCUCAAUUCCUAAACUUAAUCUUCAACCUAACGUGGCUCUUCCUGAUCAAACCCACUCCGAUUCUCCUUCUCCGGUGCCGUCUGUCCCAUCCCUCCGCCGCGACGAUCUCCCCAACACCAUGGAUUUCAACCCCUUUGCCACCAUCUCCUCCAUCGUCACAUCUGCCGACGAUUCCUUCCCUUUCGACACCGAUUGGUUUUCCGACGCGGAUUCCGAGUCCGAGCGUGAUGUUAGUUGCUUCGUGACUGAUCUUUUUGAGAAUCGUCGCUUCACCGAUCAUUUGCACGCUUUCAGCGAUUACGAUCGAGGUCUGGAUUCUGGGCCAGACCCAUUUACGCAUUCUGCUAACGACUUGGGCAUUUCGGGAUUUGAAGAUACCGGUGAGAUUGAAUCUCACUAUAUUGAGGAGCUGUGGUCGGCUUUCGCUAUGGAAUCUGAUAGCCGGGUUUCGGAGGUGGAUGUGAGCAUGCCAGUUGCGGAUUCGACUACUAGUGGCCUUCGGAUUGUUGAUGUGGAUUCGGACUCGGAGUCUGAUAACGGGAUGAUUGGUGCUCUGCAACUCGUGACAGGGGAUGAUGGCGAGAAUGAUGCUAAUUGGGUUGAAAAUCCGAAUCCUCUCUCGGAUAGCUUCAGCUUUUGUUUUCAGGGCCAGAGGAUUCCGUACGAGGAUUUUGAAUGGGAGGAGGUCGAGGAACGGGUGGACGAAAGGGAUAAUUUGAGCGCAGUGGUAGAUGGAGCUGAGGAAUUGUCUCUUGCAUCGGGUUUUUCCAACGAAGAAGAAUCGGGUGAAGAAGCGGGUCGAUGGGAAAUCCUAUUGGUAAUGAACAAUAUCGUAAGGAAUACGAACUGGGAACGGGAUAACGAUGCUGAGGCGUACAUAGCGGACCAGGAUGAUUACAUGUAUGCAGGAGAAUACGAUACCCUUUUUGGACAAUUCGUUGAAAAUGAGAAUGCUUUGAAGGGUAGUCCUCCAGCGGCCAAGAGUUCUGUGGAGAACCUUCCUCUGGUUGAGUUAAAAACAGAGAAUCUGCUGACAGAGGAACUCGUUGCCUGUGCCGUUUGUAAGGAUAAAUUUUCAAUGGAGGAAAAGGUGAGGAAGCUCCCCUGUGCUCACUAUUACCAUGAUGAUUGCAUUCUGCCGUGGCUGAAUAUUCGAAACACAUGUCCUGUUUGUCGAUAUGAGUUGCCAACCGAUGAUCCAGAUUAUGAGCGCAGGAAGAGUCAGAGGGCGGGUGGUGGCCUGCAAACGGAUUUGCGGGUCAGGAUGGACAUGGCAACUAUGGAAAAGCUAUGCUCGUGUUGACAUAUGUGCAUUAUAGAAAGUAAACGUAUGAAUGUGCAAAACGAAACUAUUAUAUGCACUUGCUUGAAGAGGAUAGUCCAACUCUAGAAUUCACUUUGCAUUCGUAGGUAAAUUUUCAAGUAGAUUUAACUAGUUAGCUUUAUCUUUUGCAUCUCCUUAUAGCUUCUUGCCUAUGAUUCUUGUCUCAUUAUGCAUCUCUUUAUAGCUUCUUGCCUAUAAUUCUUGUCUCACUGGAGGAGAGUGCAAGAGUGCAAGGGCUGUGUAAUGAUCACCAAUAAAGAUUUUUUCACACUUUUA